AUGAGCCCAUUGCAAUAUGCUGCGCGAGCAGGCGUUGGUGAGCCUCUGAGACAGAGUGAUUAUUUUACUACUAGCAGAAGCGACCAGCCAGGUCCCGGGUGGUAUUUUGAUGGAACUGGAUAUCAAGCACCCCACAAGUCUGGGGGAUUCAGAGACUAUCUCGCCAUUGUGAAGCUAUUAGUCGCUCACGGUGCCGAUCCCAACAAAGCACACGACGACUAUUGGAGGGAAGCUCAGGGAGGUCCUCUUUAUUGUGCGGCAUGGUCGGGUGCGACUGAGAUCGUCCAGUUUUUGAUUGAUGUGGGAGCUGAUGUAAAUGAAAUGCGCUUCACGCUAAACACUACUGCGCUUCAUGCUGCGGCGCGAAAUGGCCACCUUGAUGUGGUUGGAAAGUUACUCGUCAAUGGCGCCAAUGUCAAUGCGAGAGAUUUGGUAGGACAUACACCCUUGGAUCGCGCGAAGUUCGCUGCAAAACUGGUUGAUGAAGGUAAAAAUCAUCACAGAUAUGGAUGUGUCUGGGAUGAGAGAACUAUAUGUCUUUUCGAAGCAAAUAUUCCAAACUAUCAUCGGGUGGUCGAAAUGCUCAUUACCCAUGGGGGUGAAGUCGGAAGAGAGGACUUCAGACCGUGGUAG